CACCGCCCCACCCCCAGACCAUCCAUAUGCCCUUUUGCCUUUCUGCUGGGGUAUAUAUAGCAUGAGAAGGGAAGCAACCAGCCCUGGCAGUCAAAAUGAGGCUUUUUCUCCCCGUCUGCUGCCUGCUGGCUCUGCUGGCACUCACCACUGCAGAUGCAGUAAAGUCUGAGAGUGAUCCGCUUGUGCCUCUACAGCUGAAGCCCGAAGGUGAGCUUUUCACCAGCUGUGAUGGCACAGAAGAUAUCAGCCGAAGCUCCUCCAAUGACACACCUGCCCCAAAGAGACCUGUCUGCCAACCCUGCAGCCCUGGUGGACAUAUUCACACCAACGCAGAAGAGGUCAGCUCGAAUGAGGAAGAGGAGGUCGUUUCAGAAGAGAAGGAUGAAGAGUUAAGUGAGGAGGAGAGCUCUGAGGAGAUAUUUGAAGGGGAGGCACAGGAAGAGCAGGAAGAUAUGAAAGAUGAAGCUCUUGAGGUUGUGGAUGAGGAGGCAGAGGGGGAGGAACACAGUGAUGUAGAGGCACCUAUGGUUGUUGAGGAAUCUUUGAAAGAGGAGGAAGAGGAGGUUCAUGAGACUGAAGAUGAGGUAGUGGAGGAAGAAGAGGUUCAUGAGACUGAAGAAGAGGUAGUGAAGGAAGAAGAGCUGGUAGUGGAGGAAGAGGGGGUUCAUGAGACUGAAGAGGAGGUCGUGGAGGAAGAAGAGGUGGUAGUGGAGGAAGAAGAGGUUCAUGAGACGGAAGAGGAGGUAGUGGAGGAAGAGGAGGUUCAUGAGACUGAAGAGGAGGAAGAAGAGGUGGUAGUGGAGGAAGAGGAGGUUCAUGAGACUGAAGAGGAGGUAGUGGAAGAAGAAGAGGUGGUAGUGGAGGAAGAGGAGGUUCAUGAGACUAAAGAGGAGGUAGUGGAGGAAGAUGAGGUUGCUGAGACUGUUGAGGAGGUAGUGGAGGAUGAGGAGGUUUCUGAGACUGUUGAGGAGGUAGUCAAGGAAGAGGAGGUUUAUCAGACUGAAGAGGAGAUAGUGAAAGAAGAUGAGAUUGACCAGACCGAUGAGGUUGCAGAUGAGGAAGAGAAUGUGUCUCAUACUGAAGUGGAGGUAGAGGAGAAAGAGGAGGUUCCUCAACCUGAUGAGGUGACACAGGAGCUUUCUAAUUCAGAAGAGACAGAAACAUUAUCUCACCAUGGAGAUCCAUUGGAGCAGGUGGAGGGGAGACCAGAAGAAGCUAUAAUACUGACCGAGGAGGAAGCUGUAACAGAGAAAGAAGCUCCAGAAGAACUGUCUGUCAUUGUAGAAGAAAGUGAAAGUACCUCAGAAGAGCAGUCAGCAUCUGUGGAAGAACCUGAAGAGGCUGAAACGGAGGAAACUGAUGAUACUGUUGUAGCGGCUGCUGAGGAACAUGGACCAGAGGUUGUUCAGGAGGUUGUGGGUGAAGCCAAAGAUGUAUUAGAGGAGGUGGCAGAACCUACUCCAAAACCAAAUGACGUUUAUGAAGAUGUUCCUGCAAAUGCUGAAGAAGUAACAGUUUCACCUGAUAAACCAGCACCCAAGGAAUCUGUGAAAGGGAAGAAAACAACGCCAUCAGCUUCAGGCACAAGAGAUCGGUCUCACAUUGAAGAUGCACUUCAUCUUGCCUCAGCUGAACCAUCAAAGGCAUUUGUUGAUGCUCUGAAAAAGCUGCAGCAUAUCUACAGCACAGCAAUUAAACCCCUAGAGAAUGCCUACAAAUACAAUGAACUCAGACAGCACGAGGUGUCAGAUGCAGAGAUCAACUCAAAGCCCAUGGUCUUGUUUCUGGGUCCCUGGAGUGUUGGCAAGUCUUCCAUGAUCAAUUAUCUUCUGGAUCUCCAAGACAAGUCACAACUUUACACAGGGGCUGAGCCCACAACCUCAGAAUACACUGUAUUAAUGCACGGCGAAAAGCUACGUACCAUCGAGGGCAUUGUCAUGGCAGCCGACAGUUCGCGCUCCUUCUCACCGCUGGAGAAGUUUGGACAGGGUUUCCUAGAGAAGCUGGUCGGAAUUGAGAUGCCGCACAAACUCCUUGAGCGGGUUACUUUUGUGGACACACCUGGAAUUAUCGAAAACCGAAAGCAGCAAGAAAGAGGCUACCCCUAUAGCGAAGUGUGCCAGUGGUUUAUAGACCGUGCUGACCUCAUCUUCCUCGUCUUUGACCCAACCAAACUGGAUGUAGGAUCAGAACUCGAAAUGCUAUUUAGACAAAUGAAAGGGCGCGAGUCACAGAUCCGUAUAAUCCUCAACAAAGCUGAUAGUCUGUCAACCCAGGACCUAAUGCGUGUGUACGGCGCCCUCUUCUGGAGCAUGGCACCCUUGAUAAACGUGACCGAGCCCCCGCGAGUCUACGCCAGCUCCUUCUGGCCACAGGACUACGCUGCCGACACCAACAGAGGCCUCUUCAUGCGCGAGGAGAUUUCUCUGCUGGAGGACCUGAAUCAGGUAAUCGAGAACCGCUUGGAAAACAAAAUCGCCUUUAUACGCCAGCAUGGCAUCCGCGUACGGAUCCACGCCCUCUUGGUCGACCGCUAUCUGCAGACGUACCACGAGAAGCUGGGCUGGUUCAGCGACCCAGACGAGGUGUUUCGCGAUAUCGUCAGCGACCCAGACAAGUUUUACAUCUUUAAGUCCAUUCUGGCCAAGACCAACGUUAGCAAGUUUGAUCUGCCGGAACCGGAGGCGUACCAGGACUUCUUUGGAGUGAAUCCUCCCGCUGGAUUUAAGCUCCUCUCCUCGCACUGCAGCUGGUCAGGUGGCUGCCUUCUGGAGAAGAUCGAGAAGGCCAUCACGGAGGAUCUGCCUGCUUUGCUUAGUAGCUUGGCAGAGAAGCAACCCAAAGCAGAACCGGCCGCAGAGACCAAGGAGAAACCCAAAAAUCCUUGGAGGAGACAGUGAUGAAGCGAUGGGAUUUAGGGAAAAUUGUAAAGGUUCAACUCCUACCGGAGAUGCAAUCAUUCAUAUUAGACCGAGGGCACCAAAGCAAUGAAUUAUCACUUGAAUGCAUGGAUGAAUGGACUGUAAAAUGAAGAAAUGAGAAUAACAUGUUAUAAAUACCUAAUAGAUGUACAAUUUUAAAGAUUCACAGCGAUGGGAAGUCAAAUGAGGCAUGUAUUGAGAGUUUAUACGUGGUCUGUAUGAAAUAGUCCUGAGUGAGGAAAUCAGUCUCCAAUUUUUAUUUCCUUUAUUUUUUCUGUUAUUUACGGAGCCCCUAACGGGACAUGGAGCAAAAAUUAAGUUAAAUUCCUUUCGCGUGCGGACGUAAAACUAUCGAGUUUAGUUUUGCGUGCUCACAUGAAACUUUCGCAUGCUCGUGUGAAACUAUCGAGUUUAGUUUUGCGUGCUCACGUGAAACUUUAGCAUGCUCGUGUGAAACUAUCGAGUUUAGUUUUGCGUGCUCACGUGAAACUUUCGCAUGCUCGUGUGAAACUAUCGAGUUUAGUUUUGCGUGCUCACGUGAAACUUUCGCAUGCUCGUGUGAAACUAUCGAGUUUAGUUUUGCGUGCUCACGUGAAACUUUCGCAUGCUCGUGUGAAACUAUCGAGUUUAGUUUUGCGUGCUCACGUGAAACUUUCGCAUGCUCGUGUGAAACUAUCGAGUUUAGUUUUGCGUGCUCACGUGAAACUUUCGCAUGCUCGUGUGAAACUAUCGAGUUUAGUUUUGCGUGCUCACGUGAAACUUUCACAUGCUCGUGUGAAACUAUCGAGUUUAGUUUUGCGUGCUCACGUGAAACUUUCGCAUGCUCGUGUGAAACUAUCGAGUUUAGUUUUGCGUGCUCACGUGAAACUUUCACAUGCUCGUGUGAAACUAUCGAGUUUAGUUUUGCGUGCUCACGUGAAACUUUCGCAUGCUCAUGUGAAACUAUCGAGUUUAGUUUUGCGUGCUCAGAUGAAACUUUUGCGUGCUCACGUGAAACUUUCAUGUGCGCAUGCGAAAGUUUCACAUGCGUGCAAAACUUAACUUUGCAAAAAAAUUUUGCACAUUAAGGUUUCGCAUGAGCACAUGAAACUAAACUUUAGAUUUUUUAAUACAAUGUCACCUUAGGGGCUCGGUAGUUAUUCUUUUGGGUGCAAAACUUAUUUGACUUAUUUAUAUUACAUGUAUGUUCAGAACAAAUACAGUGUCCAGUAAUCGUAUUCAGUGGCGGCGCGUGAUUGCUCAUCCGAGGGGUGCAAAUUCAAAAUAUGUGUUGCUCCUGUUUUCAAAAUAUGUGUUUGUUAUGUCAUGUGCAUCAUGUGUUUUGUCAAAAUAAGUGCCUGCUGCACACGCGUCAAAACCAUUUAUGAUAAAAGAGACGCUCACGUUCACGAAAUACACACAAGACACUCCCUUAACAGUAAACUCUGACUACGCAAGAGAUUAUGCGAGUAUCUGGCAAACGCCCAUUAAGUCCACUUAUUUUGACAAAACACUGCACAGAAGGAUUGCUCGACGCGCAGAACACAUAUUUUGAAAUUACGAACCACACACAUGACGGGCUACAUACAUGUUGUGACGAACUUCGCAUCGUGCGCCCUCGAAAAACAAAGUCAAUGGCCGCCACUAAUCGUAUUUAUUUUUCUUUUGGAUGUCGUUUUAAGCUUGAAAACUACUUAAUAUUACUUCACGAUUACUCUGAAGUGACUAUUUUUCUUUGUACAGUGAUAUUGCAGUUGCUAGUAUUACGGUUGAGUUUGCUUACAUUACUGCAUGGUAAAGUUUUGGUAACACUGCAUUGUGUUUGUUUUUCGUAGAUUUGGGCUUUUUUAUUCAUAAAGUAUAGAAAUGUAACAUUAAACUUCAAUAAAAUUAAAUUACAUUUAAAUGUAUGACUAAAUAAAUGAAUGUAUUGUAUAACAGAUACAUAAAAUAAAGGGUUUUGCAUUAAGUUUGAAGAGCUCCAACUUCAACAAAAACUCAAAGUAUCCACUAGAUGGCGUAUCUUAUCAUUGUACUGAAUGCAAUAUAUAUUUAUCAUCACACUUGUAAAUGAACCUUUGGCAUCAUAAAAAUACUGUUUAUGUUAUCAUUUUGUCUUAUCAGUUUUCAGUGUGUAAAUAAAAUAUAUACUGUUGCAGUUUAUACUGUAUAUCUGUCUAUCUAAGCAGAGAAAUUUGCAUGCCCUAUAUGGUCAAAAUAUGAUGAUGAUAAUGAUACAUAAUAUGAUGUUUAACUAUUUAUAAUUCCAUAGAUUUGUGAUUUUUAAAACAUACACAAUAAAGCUUGCAAAGUGAGAUUUGUACUAA